ACGAGUUGUGACAUGUGGGACUGUAUUGUGUACAUUUAGUUAAUCAUUUAUCUGGUAUUACACCGUUAUAGGAUAUAAUAGGUAUAUAGAUUGAUCGUUUAUGUCAUAUCGUGAAAUGAUCGAAUCUAUGUCGGAUAAAAUGAAGGACAAAUGUUACGGUGUGCUUAAUAAUAAUGAACAAAAUAACGAUUCAGUUCGUGUGAUUUUGAAAAGACGUUCUUCAUUGGCACCAAAUAAGCCCCUACAGUCUGGAAGGAACAGAAAAUUAAUACUACACUUGGAUAUCAGGAAUACUAUUCUGGUUGCUGAUUCUGUUACUAAUGUGUGUGUGGAGCAUGCUUUGAAUAGCUUUUUAACCGGUGUAACGUGGGGUAAGGACGAAAAUGAUGAAUGGAAAUGGGAGUCCAACCAGGUGGCGUUAAAACCGCCUUCUACAGACACCAAGACGUAUUAUAAGCAUUUAGAAGAGAAAUUGGUUCGAACACCUGCCGACCGACAAGAACUCCGACUUCAAACAGGAGACUUCACGCAACAACCCAUUGGUAGAGAUUUUCUUCCUUACUUCGAGAAACAUAUGGAAUUAUUAAAAUGGGACUUUUAUUUCCAUUCGUAUCGCGAUAAACAAUUAACAAUGGCAGGUAAAGAUAAUAAACAAUACCAUUAUGUAAUACCGUCUGUUUAUAAAAUGAUCCAUUUUCUCAAAGCUCAGAACCGAGAAUUUGCAAUAAUAUUUAGAACUUAUGGGUUAGAUGCACCAAACGUUCUCAGUAGUUUAGCUUACGGACUUAAAGGUAAUCACCCGGGAUUUCCGAAACCAGUAAAAGUUCCAAUCAACUUGUUGACUGGUCGGAUAGCCAGAACCGAGGACGGCACGGUUAACCUUGAAACAGUGAAACAAAAUGGUGACGUGAUUCAAAAAUUGAGCUAUGAACGAGAUAUAUAUCGUUUUCUGUCUAAUGCAGAAGGUAUCUCGGCUUUUAAAGAUGAUUUUUUGCACUGGCAAAAUAAUUCGUAUAAAUAUAAAGCCGGUAAACCUAUGUGGAUCGACCCAACUGAUCAAACUGUGCAGCAUAUUUUCUUUGAUGACAAUUUUCGAUCCUACGAAGAAGACAGUAUUAUAGAUUUUCGACUGUUUGAAGAUGGCGUCUUAAAAAGAGCACGUGGUUUAAAUCAAAGUGAAAUAUCUCGAUUUGAAGAUAUGUGCUUAGUUCAAGCUGAUUUACUGGAGAGUAUUGAAAAUGAAGAUUAUUUUAUUAACAAAUUAGCAACAUGUGAAGAUAAUUACAGCACAUAUUUAAAAGAUAGAUUUAUUUAAGUGGCUUUAUGUUUUCAUUAUUAUAUACAUAUAUACACAACAUCGAAAUGUGAAAAUGCUUGUAACAGUUUGGGAUAUUCCAAAUUAGCAGUAGCAAGCAGGUGAGUUUUGACGGAACAAUAAUGCAGCGCGUGACUAAUGCAAAUUUAGAUAGCUAUGUGAACUUUUCAGAUAAAUGGGAAGUGGUGUUAAGUGUUCAGAAAGAUUAAGCAUAUCUUCGAUUGUCAACCCGUGUUAAACUUUACUGUGGCAUUUGUUUAAAUAAUAAAGACAACCAAGAAACCAUACCUCAAUUGAUACGUGAUGUGGGGAGCUAUAGCUGUUCUGUUUCAGUACCGUAUCUCGUAAGGAGGGUUUGGACGGUUUGGUACCUUCCGUGGGUGUAACGUUUGAUCUACUGCAUUGCAAAAGAAGUUGUUUUUCUAUCGGAACAGUCGGACACAAAUUUUUUUACCAAGCAAACACUGUUUUUUGUUCAGCAAUUUAAGUAAGUAUGGUGUCUAUUGUGUUGCCUUUCGCGUGUCGAUGGGUGUGAGAUGGGGGAGGGGGGCAAACUCAAGGACUCGGGCGGCACAAACUUUAGCUACUCGCACAGCCCUAUAGUGUCACUGAAAACAAAAGUGAAAAAAGCAACAGAAACAUAGCCGAAAGUUAAAUCUGCAAUAUAAUUUUAAUUUCUUGAGUCGGGUAAUAAAAUUGGAUACGCGUACUUUAAAAAUUAUAUUAAAUUAUAUGAAUCCUAUUGUAUUUAGAGGUGCAAGAAUUCACACGGGUUAAUGAUUUAAUUGAACUGCAAUGACCUGGUCAAUAUAAUUGUAUUUCCAGAAAAUAGUGCCGUCUUCGUUAGAUCUGUUGGUGCAGAAAAUAGGAAAUUAAACACUAUAUCAUGUCAGAGAAUUGUGUCAUUUAAACACAGAACACUAUUCUAUAAAAUACAAUUACGUUUUGUUGCCGAGCGACAUUUCGACUAGGCUUUUCUGGUCUUUAUCUGCCCCAAACCGAGCGACGCUGUUUGGUGUUGUUUUUUGUUAAAAUUGAAAUCAAAUGUUUAAAAAUAAAUUUGAUUAUAUUGUUGCAUUGAUUGAGCCGUGAACCCAUUGCGGUUGUUUGCAUGGUGACGUUAAAUGAGAUCUGUGACAUAGCCUUAAAGGCAUAAUAGUUUAAUGAUAGAUUAUUAUUUCUUUUGGGGGUAUUGUUUGGGCAAGUAAUAGUAUUUCGCUAUAUAGAUACAAACAGUUGAAGUUCUAGCAUUCAUUCGCGUGGGCUAAAGUACUUUAGAACAUAAUAUGGGUACACUUUGUAUUUAUUCUUUGUAUUAAACAUGAUCUUAAAGUGGACCCAGUCAGUAAAAUGACAGCUCUCUUUUGGGCGUCUGUACGUAUUCCUAAAAGUUAUUUCACUAGAGCGAUUUUCUUAUAGUGUUUAAAUUGAAAAAAAUCAACACAUUACUGACUUUAAUGUUUUACCUGUGCAAUUGUCGACGUUACAGUAGUGUAAUCGUCUAAUUAAUAAUGCAUUAAUCGAGUGAUUUAGGGCCACGAUAGGAUCACGACACGGGUGCUUUAUCUCUUUAAUAUUUAUUUGAAAACCAUUUGUUACCCGUGUUACCAAAUAUUACAUAACUCUAUGUAACGACUUACGAGGCUGACUAAUACUCCUGUGUUAUAUUAAUUUGCUAACCUUGCAAUAACUUUUAAGUAGAAAAGUCCCUUUAAAUACUUAAGUGAUUCGUAAGAAAUCAAUACCCGUUUAAACUAUAAUAUAACCCCAGAAGAACCAACUUGACCUAUUUUAUGUAUUAUAAUGUUUAAAGGUGUGCCAUGGAGAUAUUCGAUCCACUCGACCUAUAUAUUGACCGGUCACUGUCUAAAGGGGUAAUACAUAUUUUCAAAUAUAUUACAAGGCCACCAGUUCACUAAAUGACAUAAGUAUUUUUUAUACUCACCUUUUAAUACAUUUUAUAUAUAAUACACUAAAAACAACCUGUAACAAACUGCUGUCAAGAAAUUUUCAAUCCAACACUGUGAUACCGUAUGAUUGUUCAUUUAAUGUUAUUUAAUAAUUAUUUUAUUAAAUCUAUAUUUAAACUAACAGAUGUUUUUUUUAGCUUCAUUUAUACUCUGGUAGGCCAAUUCGAGAGGCGUUGUUCCAUAGCGGAAUUCUGCUUUAUGGCUCUUCAUGAAUGGCACAAUUACGACACUUCGAAAUGAAAUGGAAGUCUUUUCAACACGAACCGGGAUAAUUAAGACGGAAGAAAUUUUACCUGGACAGCGACACUCCGGACUAUUGCGAUUUCGAUCAAAGAGCGGAUCAUUAACUUGCAACCUAUUGCAUGCAUCGGAUCUCCGUUUUUCGUCUCAUCAGACCAACCAGAAUCUUUUCCUUUGAAGUCCCCCUUCCACACUGAUCCGCAGUGAAUAUUCGCUAGGCCGCGACAAUCACUGACAAGGAUGACACCGAUGCGGCUUAAUGAGCCACA